AUGGACGUCACUGAAGGUAGCUCCCAGGAGAUGUGCCUUGACGUUCCCGCCGAGUUCCCAGGCCCGGAUGUGUCGGAGACUCGAUCUGAGAGCUCCACGGCGACGGCAGUGGCAGAUGUCAAGACUCGCAUGGAGGCCUGUGUCCAGAUUAUGUCGCAGAUGCGAGCCACAAGCCCAGACAUUGUCCGAGGGAUUCCAGUGCAUCGUUUCCUGCAGUUCGCACCGCACAAGUGGCUUCGUGGAGAUCUCCACACGCUCCAUGCGUUCAGCGUGGCCGCGGGGAAGCUCGAUGAGUUUUGGUCUCACAGUUGGCGCACAAGAGCUUCCCUCAAGUACUUCAACAUACUGUUCCUGGAGAACGGCUUCCCAGCCUUCGUGGUAGGCACGCUCUGUUGCUUCACUGCCUUCCUCCUGUGCGUGGCUGGCGUCCUGCCGCCAUGGAAUGGAGCCGAACGGGAAUACAUUUGGUGCACCCCAGCUGGGGUAGUGGGUUACUACUCGACUCUGGCUUUUCUGGCGGCGCACGAAGCUGGCUUUCCUCGACAUUGCCUGCAUCAACCAGACUGA